CAGAUUAACAUUUAUUAUGUACAUAACACACUGAAAAUUUUCUGGCAAAUUUCAUUAUGUUUGAGAGCAUAAGUUUUCUGUUUCUGUUCGCUUUGGCUUUUACUACAUGGGCUCUACUUUGUUAUUUACACGUAAUUGAGGAUCAAAAACGUGAAUUAGAGGAUUACAACUACAGCAUUGAACUAUACUCAGAAAAACCUGCUAUUAGACGCAUGCGUCAUUACCAAUUCAAAGAUAGUGGACCGAAAGUGGAAAGCUACAGCUUCAAUAUGGUCACCAGUUUUCUUUUCAUAUUUGUUGCUACAAUCGGGGCUUCGAAAUUGCUGCAAUGGCUUGAAAUACAGGCCCGAAACUAUAUGCAAUUAGAAGUGGUGCAGGGCACAGAGGAAAUGCCAAAGUCGAAUCCACAAGAAGCUAUUGCUGACUUAACCAAGAUACCCAUGCAGGCCUUGGAGGACAGUAGAAGCUUAACGAAGACAGACUUCAUAGCAGAAAGCGUCGAAUUUAAGGAUCAGUUGAAUUCUUUAGAGGCACGGUGCAUGGAAAUGCAUCAACUGCUUGUAGACCUGAAGCAUCAACCGACGAGCAAUGACUCCGGCAGCCAACUUUAUCUUUCAAAUGAUAUGAAGGAUGAGGAUGUGACUAUGACCGUAUUGAAGGCGCCAGUUAGCUUGGCCACUAGUGCAGAAUCGGUAAAACAUGCGCCUCAAGUUACACGUUCACAACCGACAAUUACGCAAAAUGUUUAUAUCGCUAACAGUUAUAUACAGAUAAACGUUCCUACGUUUUACACAAAGCGCGAUAUAAAUAUGAAUUUGCGUCGGCAGGCUUCGAUGUAUACUCGAAAACAAAGUGAAUUUUUGCAGGUGUGGGGCAAGUUUAUAGCUGGCCCGAAGGAACAGCCCAUGGCAGCGGGAAUGCGAGUGAACAGUUUGUUAAUGUGAAUAUUGUCAAGAAAUUGGGUAAAACCCCCAACAUUAAAAUGUACACAAUUGUCUUAAUUUGA